AGGCUGAUAUAUCGUACCUCUUGCAUUAUACCUUUCCUUUCUGCCGCCUUUUUUUUCCCUCUAACGCAGCUUUUGUAGUUGUUUAAGGUCAGAAAAAGCACCUGCCAGUUGCUUUUUCUUCCCUUUUGCUCCCUUCUUCUGCCUCGUGCAAGAUGGAGCUAGAAAACGAAAUGAUCAGCUCCUCCAGCAAUUCUUCAGCAGGCUCCAGAGAGUACAAGGUGGUGAUGCUAGGAGCAGGGGGAGUUGGCAAAAGCGCAAUGACAAUGCAGUUCAUAAGUCAUCGGUUCCCUGACUAUCAUGAUCCUACCAUAGAGGAUGCCUAUAAAACUCAAGUCCGAAUUGAUGAUGAACCAGCCUAUUUGGACAUUCUGGACACUGCUGGACAGGCAGAAUUCACAGCCAUGAGGGACCAGUACAUGCGAGGUGGAGAAGGCUUCAUUAUCUGCUAUUCCAUCACAGACCGUCAAUCCUUUCAAGAAGCUGCUGAGUUUAAGGAGCUUAUAUAUCGUGUCCGGCACACCUAUGACAUCCCCUUAGUGCUGGUGGGAAACAAAAUAGAUCUUGAAGAAUUCAGGCAGGUCUCGACUGAAGAAGGAAUGAGCUUAGCCAGAGAGUACUCCUGCUCCUUUUUUGAGACUUCAGCUGCCCUUCGCUUCUACAUUGAUGAUGUCUUUCAUGGACUAGUGAGGGAAAUACGAAGGAAAGAGUUCUCACUGGUGGAGAAGAGGAUAAGGAGGAAGGACAGUCUGUGGCAGAAACUGAAAGGAUCCCUGAAGAAAAAAAAGGGAAGUACAACCUGA